CGCGCGCUCGCACACACACACACGGAGCCAUGGCAGGCCUGCUGAAUACACCGCAAGUGCGGCGGAGUGAGGCUGAUCUGUAUGAUGGUGCCGCGCUGGCACGGCCAACGACGGAGGACGAGUCACUACGCCAAAAGCUGGUGGCCUGGCUCCAGCAGGAUUGGUCCAUCGAGGCCUUUGAUGCGGCCGAGGGCGAGCUCCGUGACAUUUGCGCCCAGCAUUGCACCGGCGACUGGAUGGCCAGCUAUCGCCUGGCCAUGGUUGCAGCUCGUCUCGGUCUGGACCGGGACGCAGAACAGCUCCUCCAAGGCAUUCUGGAUGGCGCACCUGCUGAGAAGCGCUUGAUCCGACUGCAUGCCUCGUACCAGCUAGCCACGCUCCUCUUCGAUAAUCCGGGAGGUGAUGUCCCGCAGCCAGAGCGCGAGGUGCGCGGUUUCGAGAUGAUGCGCGAUUUGGCUGGUGUUGACGUGGCCAGCUUUGCUCAAAGUACCCAGCUUCCCACCGUGCGCGGUAACGACGGUCUCUCUGAGCCCGUGGAGCUAGUUGUGGAGGCGCAAUGCAAUCUGGGUCUAGCCUAUCUUGAAGGUCAAGGGGUGGACCGAGACGAUGACGAGGGUGUGCAAUGGUUGCUCAAGGCUGCACGUCAAGGCAACCCGGAUGGCUCUGGUCGAGCCAUGAAUGCCCUGGGUCAUUUCUAUAGCGAUGCCACCCGUCCUCUUCGUCUGGAUGAUCCCUUGGUGUUGCGACAACCGGAUUUGAAGGAGGCAUAUGGGUGGCACUUGUUUGCGGCCAAACACGGGAGCAUGGACUCGAUCUGCCACCUUGGCCUCAUGCAUCGCACAGGGCAGGGGUGCAAACGCGACACGACCUUGGCCCUCAAGUACCUGCGCGAGGCCGGUACGGCUGGUCAUGACACGGCUGAGACGGAGCUCGGCAUUCAUUACUACGAUAUGAAGCUCUACAACAAGGCCAUGCAGUGGUUUCGUCGUGUAGUUGACCCUCUCCGUCGGCUGGAUCAGGCUACUGUUGAGGCCAUGAGUUUGACCAUGCGUCGUGUAAGCCGUCUCGCCGGCAUUUCUGGGUCCUUUCUUUACCUUACCAAGUGCUUGUGA